GUGCUGGGCCCCGCCUUCCUUAGUGGGGUGCUGGACGCCGAUUGGCCCUCCCGUGCCGUCAGUCACGCCGUGGGGGCCCCCCCCGUCCCCGGCUGGGGCUCGGCAGCAGGUUGGGUUGCGCGGCGGAGGUUGGUGUCUGAGGCGGCCGCGGCGGCGGGCUCCCCUCCUCCGCCCCCUCGGUGCCCCGCGCCCCGCGGAGGGAAAAGUGUCUUCAGUCAAGCCAGAGAAAUCAGCUACCUUGGUGCUGAAAACAGUAGCUUUGACAUCCUCUAAACAGUGUUGUAGCUGUGUUGGUCCCAGGAUACUAGAGACACAAGCGUUCUCAAGUGCUGGGGGCUAGAACUGAUGGCAGACAAUGUCAACAACUAACAACAUAGCCCAGGCCCGGAAGCUGGUGGAGCAGCUCCGUAUCGAGGCUGGAAUUGAGAGGAUUAAGGUCUCCAAAGCAUCUUCUGAACUAAUGAAUUACUGUGAGCAAAAUGCCAGGAAUGACCCACUGCUGGUUGGAGUACCCGCCUCGGAGAAUCCUUUUAAGGACAAAAAGCCUUGUAUCAUCCUAUAGCUUUCUUCACUCUCGCGUGCACACACACUCUCAGGCAGGGCACCGUUCUGUAUCGAUUUAAACCAAGUCCCAAACUUAAAACUGCGCAGAGGGAUAAACACUAAAUGUUGGAUUCAAAUAGAACUUAAAAUCUCAAAUUGGAAGUGUUCAGAAAGGGGCUCGGCUGCUCCUGGGCAGUUUCCAUACUUAGAAGGGUUCCAAUUUAAAAACCCGUCCGGGCAGGCGGGCGCAUUAUUAAUACUAAUUCUAGUUUCAAGGGUGGUGGGGCAAACAAGAAUUGAACUGCAUUUGCCAGUGGGAUUCAUGGCCUCUUAAAAAGAUGGAGUUUUGACCUUUUAAAGUAUUUGGGCAAAGCUUUGGGUGUGCUUUUGAUUCAAUUAUUCCAGUUGACGUAUUCAAAGAAUUUCAGUCUGUUUGCUCUGUUUCUUGGGGAGGGUGGUGGUGGCUGUUUUAAAAAAAACAAAAAAAAAAAAAACAUUAAAAAUGGAUAUUAUACAUUAGUCAAUUCAGAAUUAGUGGUGGGGGAGGGAGAGCAAAGUGUUUGGCAGCUGCAUUGUAAUGUGUAACGAAAUCCAUGAAACUUUCUCUCUCCAUGAAAUGUGGCAUGUGGUUCUGAAGCAUCAUAUGAUCUUAUGGUAUUUGUUACAAACGAAUCCCAUUGUGGGGAGUAUACUUCGUAGAAUAACCCAUCAGCCAUGAAAAAUGAAAUGACUCUCCUUAAGUCGGGCUUGGCCCAAGGCAAAGGAGAUGUGGGUGUUUACACCCUCUGGUUGCAAUUUGGAUUUUUAGUUCUGUGUGGUGUUGCCACUAUUUUCCUAGCAGAAUUGCGAUGUUGAGGGAUUCGUUCUGUUCUGCAGUAUCCUGUUACCACUUUUCUAUCCUAGCCAUUCAGAGAUUCUAGGUCCAAAACACUAGAACUGGCCACUAUUAACCUCCCAGCUCUCUUUCCCUCUCAUUAGUCGUUAACAUGAAUCUGUUGCAUUCAAACCUAUUCGGGGAGGAGCGGGGCGGUUUCAGGCUGUCGGGAAAAAAUAUUAACUCCAACAGUUCCCAUCCCUUGGAACUAUGAAAUGUAACUAAUUUUUCAUUUACCAACAUAACUACAGGCACUGCAAAUUUGGGAACAAACUCGACACAGAGCAGGCCAGGGGCAUGGGAGGUAGUCGCUUCUCCUUUGCCUGUGUCACCUGCUGCAGGAUAUAAGCGAUAGUAGUAACAACUGGGCCUUUUAAUCUGCUUUGUGGAUCCUUGCUGCAGCGUGCGGGUUCUGAGCACUCCCUCCCCUGCAGUGCAACCCAAAUGGUGCUUGGGAGAAAGCUCAGAGCUCAAGGAAGUACUGCUGCCUCUCCCGUGUAGUUAGAUCUGUCACCGGGGGUGCAUGCUGGGACCGUUUUAUAAGGACACAGCAGAAUUCUGCACAGUCCUCUGGCAGCAGCAGGUUUGCUUACCAGCUUAUAAGAGAACCUGUCCAAUCCUGUCGGCUUUACCUAAACAGUCAGGCCUAGCUCUCUUCCUACAAGAGAAUACCCAGCUUUCCACGGAGAACCUGGAGAAGCAGGGGAGUGGCCCGCUUCAGAGGGAUGGACAAGCUGCUGAGACUGCAGACCAGUUACUCAUUUCUCAUUUCUGAUUUAAAAUGGGAGUUGAAUACCGGCAAAUUCAAGGUGCAAGUACUAAUCGUUUUCACUUGACUCACAGGGUGUCCAUUUAUACAUAUUCUUGCCACGUUUGGGUCCAGAUUGCGUUCAGGAUGAGAAGGAAAAAACCCUCCGAUACGGAAUCCCAGGAAGGCUGCCGCACUGAGCCAUUUCCCCAGUGUUUUGGGUCUGUUUGAAAUGUCCAGGCCUUCAAUAGCCCAGUGUUUUGCAUUUUUGGCACCCUCAAAUGAUGGCAGGCCAGAGAAUGCUUCCUGGCGCCAGGUGGAUCUCUGUGCGCUAGACAAGAAAAGCUAGAGGAGAACCUGGGUUUGAGCUUUCAUGGGAACGCUGAGGAUUUUGGCUCUUCUGAGGUGCAGUCUGGGGGAGGGAAGAUUUACAUAUCAAUAAUGGAGACUGCACACACCUUUUAAUAGUAAAAUGAGCAACCGAGGAUCUGCCUUGAGCCCAGCCUCGCCAGGCACUGCACCCUGGUUACGUCCCUGGCGCUCCUGGAAGGGAAAAGCGUUGCAGCAUGUGACGCUCUUGAAGGCAGUUCCGGAGCCCAGGCUGGGCUCUGGAUUCGCGAUCCUGGCAUGCCAUCCAACAGCAGUUACUUGGAGUGAAACGAAAGGUGGGGGAAGGGGGAGCUAGUGCCACAAUACAGGCUAAAAUCUGUAGGGAUAAUAGCAGUCAUUGACACCAGCCCUUUGGCAGAAACCUCGUUUAGAUUCUUUACCACUCAGUGCACACACAGUGCCUGGCUGCUUGGGGAGUAACUCUCAAUCUCUAUCCAUUCAAUUUGAGAUUUACUACUGAGGAGGGGGGACCUAAGAAUCGGAGUCUGCCUCUCCUAAAUGCCACUCCACUCUACCUGCUCAUGCGGCUGAUUGACAGGGCCGGCUUUUGACAGGACGGGAGCGCCUGUCAUUGCAGGAGGGAUGCGCUCUGUUGAUCUCGUGGGUUCCAGAUAUUUUGCCGGCAGCUUUUUAUUACAUGAUCGUUUGCCUUUUUAAACAAUUUUUUAAAACAAUCACAUUUGUAACACUACUGCAAACUGCCGCACAUACCGUACGUCGGGCUGCUGCUUUCACCUAGCUUUCUGGGGCCUCAUGCUGAGCUGAGCAAACUUUGACCUUCCACUGGCCUUUGCAAGGGCCCUGGGUUCCAGUCCUGAAAUCAGCCAGCAGUCUCAUAACGAGUUGCUGACUCCCUUUCCUGCCCUGCCUUCACUUGUGUGCCACAGGAAGUGGGCAGCAGUGGGGAGGGUAUUGCUUCCCUCUGCAAUGAGCCUUCCCCAGGGCACGUUCGUUAAACGCCUCUGGGCUGGCACAGCAUUCCCGCGCCUCUCCCUUGCACUGUGACCUGCUGGCUUGCUGUAGGCCGUCCAGUGCACAGUGUUCAGCUUGAUCUGUUAGCCAAGACACCCAAUGGGCCUCUCCCGGGGCAGCCAGCUGCCUUUGGGGCUUCCUGCAGGCUGAGCGAUGCCUUUGUUCUCCUUUAUCCAAUGCGGUUUAAAACUCUGUCGAGGGUUACUCCUGUCGUGGGAAAUUAGCAGUGUCCCAAGGGGUGUCUGGGUUUCUCUCCACUGGGGCUUUCUCCCGUAGAUUAAGGAUUCCUUCUGUUCUUAACCUAGUGUGGGUCCAGCCUUAUUUUUCUACUCCAGAUUGCUGAUUCUUCCUUUACGUUAGAGAACCAUGUAUGGUGCUAUCCUGGGCAAUCUAGGCAGAUGCAUGCAUUUCCGGGUCAGCCAGAAGACCUGGGUUCUUCAUGUGCAUCGGAGAGAGCUAGUGGCAGAGGUUACUGCAGAAGCUAUCCACUUCUACUCCACUCCAGACCCAAGCGAAGGAUGGGCCAGUCUCAUUAGCUUGCACAGCCUGAGGAGUCUCCCAAAACCUACCCCUCUGAGGUUGAUGCCAUCCCUCGCUCCACUUCCAGCAGCCCUUUCGCGUCCCACACCACUGCCAUCUCCUCCCCAAAGCUCUUUCAAAUUGUCCCUGAGUCAAGCUCUCACCCCCUGUACCAUUUCUGCAGGGUUCGUCUUCAGAAAUCCUACAAACUGCUGACCCUUGGUUCCCCCACAGGUCAUUCUGCUGUUGAAUUCCGCCAGCCAGUCAUUUACUAGUUUAGCAAAUUAGUGUCGAUCUUCCUUUUCUUUCUCUCUGCCUGGCAUAUCCAGUUCGACACCUUCACCUAACCUCCCUCUGUCUGAAUCCCUCUAACGUGCCAGCUGGUUUGAUAACCGGAGAGGGUGGUCCUUUACAUUAUGAACCUGUAGUGGAGUUUAGCCUGUGCCAUAUUAUCCCACGUGUGGAGAGGGGCUGCGGGGGAAUGGUCUUCUGGUGCAGGACACAAUUUGAGAAGGUGGGGGGAGAUGGGAAGGGGAGAGGGGACAGGACACAUGUGCCAAGCAAAAGCCAAUUCCUUUGAUUCAUACAGUCGAUGUUUUUGUGGUUUCCCCACAAGAGCUAUGCAAAGAAUAUGGGGAGGAGGGAAGCUGGGGGCAGCUGGCAGCUCGGGCCCCACUGACCCAGACCACGUUUUCAUGAACCCUUCACAAGUGCAUGCCCUGUGCUGUCAGGAGUCCCUGCCUCUCCUCGGUCUCCACCGAUGCCGAUGGCGGCGAAUGGAAGUCCUUGGCACUAUGUAAGGGGAAUGGGUAGGGCAACGGCAGCUGGGUCUGAACAGCUAUUUCCGAGUGGGGCGGGAGGGUUGGAAGGAGCCUUGCCACUUGGUGUCUGAUGUAUCUGCAACUGGUGACUUGCCUCUAGGUGGAGAAAUCCUCAACCGGUUUUAGUUUUUCCUUGUCUGAGUAAAUGGGUGAUCAUACUGUAGAUGUUUUUGUAUAGCAUAAAUAUAAGUGCAAAUUACAGUAGCUGCUUGUACUUUGUUAGUGCAUUUGCCAAAAAAAAGACACUUUCAGGACUUUUUAAGUGCUCCGAAAUGUAAAGGGGGGAGGAAGGUUGUGAACUGAAUCUGUGGCCAGCCAGCCGGUGCCAGCUCAGCACUUACUCCACAAAGGCCUUUUUGGGUGGCGAACACAUGCCCAAAUUGGUCUGAGGUUUCUUUGGCAUGUGGUGAAGCCAUUGCCCAAAAUAGACAGGUGAGGGAUGUAAUCUCUAGGCCAGCCCAUUCCCCCUGCUCUUGGAGGGCUUCCCACUGGGCUAGCAAGUAGCCAGGGGGCUACCCUGCUGUGUGCCAAGUAUCUAGGCCCCAACAAACAGGCUAGUGACGCAAGAACGAAGGCUGCAUGAUGCCUCUAGCUGGAAAGAUCAGGCAGUUCUCCCGCUCCUGGAACGUCCCUUACGGCCUUCCCCAUAGAUGGUCUCUGUACUUGAAACCAGACAUUUGGUUGCCUAGGAUUUGGGAGUAUUUCCCAUCCAGCUCCCUUGUUAUAGGAGCCCCCCCUCCAGUGCUCUGCCUCUCCAGGAUGCGUCUUUGGUCCUGUUCCUCUUAGAAUAAAGGCAGCUUUCCGUACCUAGCUCUGACCAGCAUCCUUACCUGUUUGAGCCAGGCUUAUCCAUUAGGAGAGCAGGCCCGCUGAGCACUUGGCAACAAGACCGAGCAGCAGGGCUUGCUUCUGUGCCCCCUUCGCACUCUGGUGCACUGGCACGCAGCAGCCCCGUGACAAACAAGAGCACUGAGCUCUAGGUGCUUCGAAAAAGCCAACCCCUUUGAUACUGUAGUGAUCUCUGGGCCUCAAGCACUGUGUCCAUCUCCUUCAAGUCACGUUCCAGCUGUGUGAGGAGUGUUCCGCUCAUUGCCCUUCAGAAAUGCUAAUGGGGAACUCCUCACUCUGUGCCCAGUUCUGGGAAACAAAAGUCCCUCUUCCUUUUACGAGAACUUAAAAAGUCAACUUUAUUUAACUAGAGUAAAAAUAACGCCUUUCCGUCAUCAAACAGAGAAGCCACGCGUCUGACACUUCGCGCUCUUCAUUUCUCUCUCUGGUUUAUUAUUCUGAUUAUUAUUUUUUUUUGCCAAACUCUGAUAUUGUUGCCAAAUGCAAAUCAAGGGUUGUAAAAACUGUAUUUUAGGAAGUAAUCAGUGUAUGUAAUGUAGGUUCUUCAGAAUGUCUGCAUUUUUGGAUCUCUGGUUUUUAUUUCUGGUGUGCCAUAGACCAAUUUCUUGCACAGUGUUUAAUAUUUUGUGGAAUUGUUGUUAAAAAGUGAAUUGAUAACACAAUAAAAAGGCUCACUUUUCAUUUUA